AUGUCAUUAUCAGUCUCAUCCGUCGUCUCUUUCAUCUUUCGAUGCACAACAGACAACUAUCGAUAUCUUUACUUUCUUAUUUUGAUACCAAAUGCUUUAGUUAUCGUCACAUGGACAUGGAGACAUAAUCUAUCAGGAUUGUCAUGGUGGUCGAAUCAAGUAACCGCGACGAUCGUGGUCUUUGUUUACGUUACCAUAUUCUGUCACUUUGGUUGGAAUAGGAUCCAUCCUACGCUUGAUGGUUUGGUUCUAGGAGCAGUGGUACUACAUAUAAUUAUAUCGUUUCCACCUGAUGCGAUGUGUAAAGCGCUAGAUGAUUUAUGGGUUGACUGUAUUGAUUCCGAUUGUUGGUUACCGUCAUAUUCUUGGGUGGUGCUGCGUGAUGGACUACUGGUUUUAUGCAGCUUCAUCGGUGUCAUUGCCUUAAGGUAUUCUCUCACUCAUCCAGUUCAACUUUGUGAUCCGGCACCUUACGUCUUAAUCGAUGAACCACCACUCUCGAAUCUAUCGUCACAAAGAACUAGAAGCACAGACCAACAACAUUUAUAUGUGGUCACUCGACAUGUAUUGAUCAUACAGUUGGCACUAAACGCUUACGAAAUUGUGCAGUCUGUCACGGAAUAUCACGUAUCGUAUAAUCUCGAAGAAGCUGCGCGUUUAUUUCAGGCAAUUAAGAAUAUUGUCGAUUGGUCGACAAUUAAACUUCCUACUGCAACAGCUACUCGUGAUAAUGCCGCAGAAAUGAUUCAUCGUGAUGAACUGUAUGCUCGUCGUUUGCAUGCAGAGUUUCUUCAGGAAAGAGAACGAGCUGUGGUAAUAGAUCGGACACCGCAAGCCAAUCAGACCGCAAGCGCACAACAUCAACCUGUUGGUUAUCUAAAGAAUUGCGGUCAUCGAUGCGAUCUUCGUACGACUCAACGAUGUUGUACAUGUUCAGAUCGUCGACCACGAAGGCAAGGUAACACUUACGAAACAUAUGUUGAUGGCCAAGGAGUUGUAAAUUGUGCAGCCCGUAAUGAGUUCUAUUGUUCUACCUGCAAACGACAAUGA